UCUGGUGGGACUUCUCUGAUGACGUAGUAGCCCAGAUCUGAUGUGAUUGUGUUCCUCAUCUCAUGAACAACAUUUCAGACAUAUAAAACGAGGCGAGGUGGGUGAGGCCGUUCAGAGAGACACACACCAAUCGUGGAGAAAAGACGCCAGGAGUCCUUUACAGCAAACUUCUUUGAGAUAGCAAGUCACCUGGUUCAGCACCACGGUCAGCGCUCCACACAGGGGUCAGCCGCUCAUCCAGACCAACCUGAGCACAUGUUUAAGGCGAUGUUACAUAGGAGCGCCACUCAGCUGCUGCUCCUCGUAGCUCUCUGCGGCGUCUUCUACACGCGGACUCUCAGCCUGCCGCUCGCCACUACACGAGCCACUCGACACGCUGACGGUCUGUUCACCAGCGGCUACAGCAAACUGCUGGGCCAACUAUCAGCCAGACGCUACCUGGAGUCUCUGAUUGGCAAACGUGUCAGUGAUGAUCUGGUGGAAGGACCGAUGCCAGUGAAGCGUCACUCUGAUGCCAUAUUCACUGAUAAUUACAGCCGCUUCCGCAAGCAAAUGGCUGUGAAAAAGUACCUGAACUCUGUCUUAACAGGAAAGCGCAGCCUAGAAGAUCCUGCCAGUGAGCAGGAGGAGUCCACUGGAGGAGAAACCUCCUACAAGGAGAGCUAUGAUGAUCUAACUGUCGACGAGCUUCUAAAUAAUAUACCAAUGCCACUCUGAAGGCCCCUCGAUAACACAUGAUUAUCAGUGACUGUAACAGACAUUCCAUAUACAGAACAUAGUAAAGGACAGCAGCAUUUUCAUUAAAAAAAAAUCAUCAAAUGUGUUUAUCGAUAAAGUAAAGGUUUACACUGUAUAUAAAAAUUACACUUUAGAAGACGUUAAGCUAAAGAGGUGUGUGUGUGUGUGUGUGUGUGUGUGUGUGUGUGUGUGUGUGUGUGUGAGUGUGUGUAGUAGGUUUUGGCUCAAAAACAGACAAAGCCCUUCUACAUUCCUGUAUCAAGUAAAUUCAUUAAUAAAUGCAUUAAAAGAAGUCAUGCCUGAUAAAAUCGGAGAACAAGAUCUUAGACCCCAAGACCACAAGCUAAGAACGAACUAGAUCAUAAUUGUAUAAGUCUGGAGUAAUUAUGUGACCUGGUCUGAUCUCCAUGAAUUUUGUAAAUCAGAAUAAUUUUAUAAGACUCUGUUUCUGUUGCUUCUCUGACAGUUGUCAAGUAAAGGGUAUUUAAGAGGCCGGGUGGGAUCGGGGUAUUGGAGAAUCUUUAUUUUUGCCAUUCAAUGAUAAUAAAACUUUGAAGAGCCAUUCAAAUAUCAUAUGAGUGUAUUUUCAGUCAUGUAUUUUUUGA